UAUAGAGACAAAAAAAUUCAUUUGAACAUACGAGUACCUAUUCAAAUUCAACAUCAAACAGUAAAAUUUUUGACAUUUUUUUUAAAGUCGAAUUAUCCAUCGUAUUGAUCCGCAAUGUUCUAAAACGAUACGUUUACGUUUACAGCAAAAAAAAAUAAAGUAGAAUGGUAAAGUACAACCUAUUUUUAUAUGGAUGAAAGAAUUAAGAACGUAAAUAACAGUGAUUCGUCGGAAGAAGGUGAAAAAAAAUUGCAUUUUCCAUCGGUAACCGUUUUCCUUACUGGCUCUCUGGGUGCUGUUGUAUGUUCCGUAUUGUUACAGCCGUUUGAUGUUAUAAAAACCCGUUUGCAAAAUCCAGAUACACCUCUCAAAGGAAGCAAAAUUAGAUUUCGUAUUUUUAACAUACUUUACAAUAUCUAUAAGCACGAGCACAUCACUGCCUUAUGGUAUGGAACCUCCGCCACUAUUUUACGAGGUCUGCCCGCAGGAGGCAUUUAUUUUUGUACAUACGAUUGGAUGAGAGGGUGCUUUUACAGAAACCAAUGGUUCACGCCUUUUCAACACACUGUAGCAGCGAUGACUGCUCGAGCUGUAACAGAUAUAGCAGUGAUACCUUUCUCGGUUGUUAAAACAAGGAUAGAAAGUGGCAUUUUUCGUUACAGUAACCCUGUUGUAGGGCUAACGCACAUUUACCGCAAGGAAGGAUUUGGAGGAAUGACGUCUGGUUUGCUUCCGAUUUUGGCAAGAGACCUCCCCAUGUCCGGAAUAUACAUAUUUUUUUACAAGCAGGCAAAAUCGGCCAUACCUUAUAAUUUUCGAAAGAGCAACGAGACUUUGGCGAAUUCGAUUUCUGCGGGAAUAGGCGCAACAUUGUCUUCAUUCGUAACCCACCCCCCUGAUGUUUUAAAGACCCAAAUGCAGUUAUAUCCUAAUAAAAAUCCGACUUUAGUUUCCGUGGUAAAAAACGUUUACAAGGAGCACGGUUUAAAAGGAUUCUAUCAAGGCAUAGUACCGAGAAUCAUGAAACGUGCAGUAUUUGCGGCUGUAGCUUGGACCCUUUAUGAAAGAGUAAAAACAAAUAAAAAGGGAUAAGUUUUGUAUUAUUUAGAUAUACAGUAAAUUUAUG